ACGACCAAAACAAAAUGUUGUUGUGAUGUGUGUGGUACCGAAUUCACUUUAUUUGAGUUGGUUGGACACGUCGAUAAAUCCAUUAUUGAGGAAUACAACUCAACAUUAAUUUACUUGACUUUACUCGAAGAGGACGACAUUGUAGUGUGCCCCAACUGUACCGCUGCAAUAGAAAUCGAUCCACUUGAUAAAAAGAAGGAAAGAGACGUCUUCUGCCAACACUGCCAAACUGCCUUUUCUAUCAACAAAAAGCCGAUUAAAGUCGUUCAACCCGAACAACCCGAUGAUGAGAAUUUGAGUGAUGAUACAAGUAAGUACACCCCAUAUAAUUUACAGGGAAAAUCAGACUUCUCUUUGUUCUUCAAAAAGAAUAUUGAUGUCAUUACUAAUUUUGUACAACGGUCGUAUUCAAAUUAUAAAAACAAUUAUUAUUUUCGCGGCGAUCUCCCUUUGUUUUUCUACAUGAAUCCUUUCUUUGGCGACCAAAACACCCCACUCAAAAAAUUGAUCAGCUCAUCUUUUCGACAAGUUCUCACACAAAGAGAUUGUAUGAAAAAAUCUUGUUUUAUGUGUUGGCACGGGACGUGGAGUUAUGAGAACGCUACUGGAAUCAUGCAGAAUGGAUUUGAUGUGAGAAGACGAAGUGGUCAAGCCUUUGGAAGAGGAGAGUAUUUUGGGAAUGAUAUUUCUGUGUGUUAUGGAUAUGGCAGUUACCUCAUAUUAACAUUGGUUCUGGAAGGUCCUGCAGUAUCUACAUUCAGUUUUGGAUUUGUUGUUGAUAACAAAACAACGGAGACGUAUUGCCUUCCUCUUGGGUUUGUCACAGACGAUCAAAAAGUUAUUGGAUCAUUCAAACGUGUGAAAAUCUUUCAACUUCGAAUCAAUACUGAUUUGUAUGAAGAAAUAAAUCAUCCCAAAAUUAAACGCAUAAAAAUGAAGUCCAAGUAUUCGUUGGUGUCACGAACAGGAAAGUCGUCGAAUUUGUCAUCGAAAGACUCGGACACAAUUGGUUUGAUUUUGAAAUCAAAUUGUAGUUCUGAAGUCUCUUGUCGACUAGACAUAGGAGAAUGUGUCAUCAAUGUCAAACGAAAAAUUUUAACGUGUGACUAUGAUGUGUUUUCAGUGAUAUGUAAUAAUCAACAAUGA